AUGAAAAGCGAAAACAGAAUACUGGUUACUCUGAAAAUCUAUCUAUCUAUCUAUCUAUCUAUCUAUCUAUCUAUCUAUCUAUCUAUCUAUCUCAGUUCCAUUCAUUCUAUCUAUCUAUCUAUCUAUCUAUCCGUUUCGCUAAUUUUUUUCACUCGGAUACAAGCUCGUUUAUAUACGUCUACAGACACUAGGACACGCCGACGCAAGGAUAUACACGAUAUUCCUUGGAUGAAUUCGGGUGUACGAGGCAAUCGGAACGCCUGUUGGGUCCUUUCGUACAAGCCACGGCCUCCACGUCUCCGAUGCAACUCUUCAUUUCACGUCUUAUUUUUUCACGGUGUUCAAAGAGCAUUGCCCAGCUGUCACGAUUGUAGCAUUUGGAUGCCCGUCAUGAAUCAUCGUGAUGCAGUUUAUUUCUAUCUAUCUCAGCCUGUUCAUUUUCCUUCUUUCUUUCUUUCUUUCUUUCUUUCUUUCUUUCUUUCUUUCUUUCUUUCUUUCUCAACCUGUUCAUUUUCUUUCUUUCUUUCUUUCUUUCUUUCUUUCUUUCUUUCUUUCUUUCUUUCUUUCUCAUCGACCCAAGCUUUAAAUAACCCACAAAUGGCAGUAAAAAACAAACAAAUCUAUCUAUCUAUCUAUCUAUCUAUCUAUCUAUCUAUCUACCAAAGUAUGAUUUUAUCUAUCUAUCUAUCUAUCUUUAAACUCAGUCUAUAUGUAUGUAUCUUCUCACUACCUACGUACCUACCUACCUCUCUCUCUCUCUCUCUCUAUCUAUCUAUCUAUCUAUCUAUCUAUCUAUCUUCCCAUUUUAAUUUUCUAUCUAUCUAUCUAUCUAUCUAUCUAUCUAUCUAUCUAUCUAUCUAUCUAUCAUUUUCCUCUUUUCAUCCUAUCUAUCUAUAUCUAUCUAUCUAUCUAUCUAUCUAUUCUAUCUAUCUAAUUUCAAUCUAUCUAAUUUCAUCUCUUCAUCUAUCUAUUUCCAUUCAUCUCAUUUUAUCUCAUACUAUCUAUCUAUCUAUCUAUCUAUCUAUCUAUCUAUCUAUCUAUCUAUCAAAUUUCAAUAUAUGUUCACAAAUUUCACCUCUUCAAUCUAUCUAUCUAUCUAUCUGUCUAUCUAUCUAUCUAUCUAUCUAUCUAAUUUCUCUCUCUUCUCUAUCUAUAAUUUUACAUUUCAGUAUCUAUCUAUCUAUCUAUCAAAUUUCAAUUUUCGACAAAUUUCACUCUGUCUGUCACAAAUAUGGCGACAAAGAUGGGACUAUCUAUGUAAAUAUUGUAAAUUUCACUCUCUUCAUCUAUCUAUCUAUCUAUCUAUUAUCUAUCUAUCUAUCUAUCUAUUUUUCAAUAUAUUUCUUUCAUCUCUUCAUCUAUCUAUCUAAUCUCUAUCUAUCUAUCAAUCUAUCUAUCUAUCAUCUAUCUAAUUUCGCAUCUCUUCAUCUAUCUAUUUCAAUCUAUCCAUUUUACUCUCUGGGCUAUCUUUUUCUAUCUAUAUAUCUAUCUAUCUAUCUAUCAAAUUUCAUAUCAUCUGUCUUUUCAAUCUAUCUAUCUCAUUUUACUCUCUACGACUAUCUUUCUAUCUAUAUAUCUAUCUAUCUAUCUAUCAAAUUUCAAUAUUCGACUAAUGUAAAUAUUAACAAAUUUCCUUCUCUUCAUCUAUCUAUCUAUCUAUCUAUCUAUCUAUCUAUCAAAUUUCAAUAUGUUCGACAAAUUUCACUCUCUUCAUCUAUCUAUCUAUCUAUCUAUCUAUCUAUCUAUCUAUCUAUCUAUCUAAUUUCACUCUCUUCAUCUAUCUAA